AGAAUACCAGACCCAGGUGCUUUAGUAUUUGGUGUCUAUGGGAGAGCCACCCCCUUAAGUAGACAGGAACUGAUCAUUUUUUGUUCGAUGGUUAACGUCCUGAGUGAACUAUCUUUAGUUAUCCAACGUCUUUGCUGCCUGUGCACUGAGGUCACGCGCAUACAUUCCUGAGGGAGGGCGGGAGUAGAGGGAACUGCCUGAUUAAACUGGUAGUAAAGAGCAGCGUCGACUAUUGUUCAAAUCAACUGUGAUCUUCCGUCUGCGAGGGCAAGAGGGAGACAAGAGGACGAAAACCCGUUUUCCCUGUUUGUUUAGAGAAAAUAAUUCUAUAUAAGCAACGUUGAACAACUCUUUCAUAUUUAAGCUAUAUAAUUAUUUAUCUAUCUUAUCUGUGUGAAGAUGAACGGGGUAACGCGGAGUCUGUGUACAUUUGAGGACAUCAGAGCUGAUGAGAGAACAGCGGAUGGGUGCAGGAGACUGAGGCUGACUCUCCACCAGCAGAACCAGUCCGGGAGGGUCACAGAACAACCCUGGAGCAAGCCAAUCGGACGAGCGUUUGCUCUGGUGCAGCCAACCAGUGAUAGGCCUGCUCUGAAGCCUGAACCAAUCAAACCCUCUGAGGAGAAGGCUGAACAGGUUGAGGUCAUCAAGGUGUAUCUGGAGGAUCGUAGACAGGAGCAGCAGAGACACCAGCAGAGCCUCAAGAUGUUGUCAGAUGAAGUCUCCCAGAUACAGGAGGUGAGAUACUGUCUGAAGACCCUGAGGGAACAGAUGGCAACCAAGAACAAAGGACAACAAAAGUUUCUUGCUAGUGGCUACAGAGUCAGCACUCCCUCCAAUCAGAACAUCUCUUUUUCCUCAAAGGGAGGAGCUAAAGAUGAUGGGCAGGGAGGGGAGGAUGAGGUGGAGAGGGCGAAGAUGAGGGAGGUCAGUAAGCGUCUGUAUGCUCAGCUACAGGAGGCCGAGAAGAAACACCAGGAGGAGAGGGAGAGACUGCAGGCUGAGGGUGUGGAUCUGCGCCAGCGUCUGGGGGAGCAGGAGGAGAAGCUGAAGGGGGUGGAGGAGAGUAGUGAGAGGAAGGACCAGAGGAUUGAGGAGCUCCAGAGGCUGCUGGGAGGCAUGGCGCAGGAGAGCCAAGCCCUACGAGACACACUGAGGAACAGAGAGGAGGAACUCAGAGAAUUACGCAAAAUCAGAGAGGAGGGCAGGAACGAGGAGCAGAGGUCAGAGCAGUUGGAGAAGGAGCUGGCCAUUCUGAAGGAGAAGAUCCAUCAUCUAGAUGACAUGCUGAAGAGCCAGCAGAGGAAAGUCAGACACAUGAUCGAACAGCUGCAGAACUCUCGUAUGGUGAUCCAGGAGAGGGACCGUGUUAUCAGAGACCUGGAGGAGAAGGUGGCUUUCCUGGAGGCAGAGAACCGGGAGAUGCAUGAUCAGAUGGACUACUUCCUGGGAGGUGAAAGGUCAAACUCGCACCUCUCAUCAGACCGCCACGCCCAGAUUGUCUACAGUAAGCCUUUGAAGCCCACCAACACGUCCAACAAGCCUCUUCCCUUCAUCAAAAUCAUUGAGACCAAGUCCUGAACUGGUGAAAGCGAGGGAGAAGGGGCUAACCUAACGACACCAAACCUGCUAAGCUAAGCAACAACGGACUGAAGUAGACCACCACCACAUAAAUACCACAACAACAUCACAGUACACGUGUGAAGUUUAAACUGAGGUGACCACAACAACAUCACAGUACACGUGUGAAGUUUAAACUGAGGUGACCACAACAUCACAUCAACUGACCACCAGCCACGACCAUCAACCACCCAUGGCCACACUCCUUCGAUAGGACACUAUGCAAUGUGUGUGUGUGUCAGAGGAGGCUGGUGAGAUAAGCUAUAGGAGGAGGGGCUCAUUGUAAUGUCUGGAAUGGUAUACAUGGAACAGUCAAAAUGGUUUCCAUAUGUUUACUGUGUUUCAUACCGUUCCAUUUAUUCCUCCUAUAGCUCCUCCCACCAGCCUCCUCGUGUGUGUGUGUGUGUGUGUGUGUCUGUGGUUUUGGAUUGUGUAUGGACUUUGAUGUAGAUAGAUAUACUGAGAGUUGAUUCACAAUAGAAGUCUAUUUAUUCAUAGCAGACAGAUUUAUUCUUUCUAACCCAGUGGCAUAAUCUAUUGUCAUCUGUUGAAGUCAGUCUGAAGGACUUUACUACUGAGAGAGAGGACCAGAGACAGUGUGAUAGCAGUACCCUGUGGUCAGUGAGGGUCUGAUAACAGACCCUGUACUUUGGCCUCAGAGAGGAGGCAACCAUGUCAGGUUGGGCCAUAACAGAGAAAUAAAAUGGCCGAUGAGUGAGAGCGGGAUCGGAGAGAGCGAGAGAGAUGGAGGGUAAGAAAUCUGUAUUAAAUGGAUCAGAAUACAACCAGUUUGUCAUCAUUUUACCAUGGCACCAAGGCAGGAUAGAGGGAGUGUUGCUACAGUAUAUAGGUAUUGGAGAAGCAGAAACACAUUAAGGAUAGAGGAUAUAGUUUUCCAUCAAACCCUUCUGUAACCCAUUAACCUACUUCCUGUGUCUGUGGCCUAGAGUCCACUGUUAGAAUCCUCUUUAUUUGACACCUGAAAGGGAGGAAGACAAUCUUUGACUUUUUGUAAAUAUACUUAUGGUCACGCAGCGGCCACAGUGACGUGUCAUGGUUUGAAUACAAAGUUAAAGCCCAUGUUUGUUAUUUUGUUCAUUGAGAAAGUGAGAUGUUUGGUCUAAUAUGUGUGGAUUAGAAGUCCCCCUCACCAAUACUGAUGUCACUUUAAAGUCUGAAGAAAAUGAAGAUGAUUCAUUCUGACAAGUACUUACUAACCUUGCAAGAAGUCUUGUUGACAUUAUCCACAUUUUUGCAUGCAUUUCAGUUACCUGAAGUUUCAUCCACUAUCACCAGCUCUUGUACAUAACUAUAUUUAUUUGUUUAUCUGGUAUUAUUUUAUAUUUCUUUUGUUUGUUUUAUCCUUCAGACAGGAAUGUUUGGCCUGACACUUAGUGUGUGACAAUCAUCUUUAUGUAUUUAUGUGAAAAUACAACUUUUCAUUGUAGGGAAAACAAUUUCAGUAGACGUUUUAGUGUGUGUUAACAACAUAUAUACUUUGUUUUAGUUUUUUAAUAAAUGUAUGAAAAUAA